GAAUACAGAAAAUUUACGUUUAUGAAAACCUUACUUGAAAGUUAUCCACAUUCACGCAUGGUGAUUCCGAGAUGAGGCGUAAAACGCCUCUACAACCUUCGCGCCAAUUUAAAUUCUGCGGUAAAAGUUCUUUCCUCGUUGAUGGAUUUGAGUAUACGUAUAGCUUGUGCUAGUGUUCAUCAGUUUGAUUUUAGUACAAUCGAAUGUGCUGACGGUGAUCAUAUCAGAAUCAACAAGUCGGAAUGUUAAGAUACAUCUUGAUUCAGUUCAUGUGCAAUAAUUUGUCCGAUACCGAUGCCUUCGCGUUAACGUCGAGCCAUUUGGCCAAUUUAUUGCGUGAGAAAAUCGGGAAGUACUACGGUGAGUUCGGACUGGCUAGCACCUUACGGUUACAUGUGAUUUAUUUCAAUGAGAAGACACGACUCUGCAUCAUCCAGACACGACAUGGCCCCCAUCGUUUCGUAACGAGCAUUCUACCAUUGUUGACAGUUGCUGACACGGAAACAGUGCGAUAUAGAACGCUUUACGUUGGUGCGACACUUCAACAGUGCCAUAAGUUCAUCGUUCGCUAUCAACAGGAGUAUGUGAACAAAAUGAUUGGCAAUUACAAGGGUGUGGCACAGAAGGAACGUUUUGUUGAAGAUGUUACAAAAGUUAAUAAAAUUUGAAUGUUAUUUCCGUAUAUAAUUUUUUACUACUUUAUCAAUAUAUUUAUAAUAUUAGUCAAACUACUUUAAUUGCACUUGGUAUGGAGUAGCUUGAAUCA